AUGCGAUCAUCUAUUGAUGCCUCCGCCGACGAGGCAUUGGCCCGUAUGGGCUACAAGAGUGAAUUACCACGAAACCUGAGCAUGCUGAGCAUCCUCGGCUUAUCCUUUGCCAUCAUGGCAGCCCCCUUCGGACUGAGCACAACUUUCUACAUCACCCUCGCCGACGGUCAAUCCGUCACCAUACUCUGGGGCUGGGUCUUCGUAUCCCUAAUCUCAAUCGCCAUCGCCGCCUCUCUCGCCGAGAUCUGCGCCGUAUACCCCACAGCAGGAGGCGUGUACUACUGGAGCGCGAUGCUCUCAACGCCCCGCUGGGCACCAUUGAUGUCCUUCAUCGAUGGCUGGUUAACCCUCGUGGGCAAUUGGACCGUCACACUGAGCAUCAUCUUCUCCGGCGGCCAGCUGAUCCUCAGCGCCAUCUCCAUCUUCGACGAGUCCUUCGUUGCCAACGCGUGGCAGACCGUAUUGAUGUUCUGGGCAGUCAUGCUCUUCUGCGCCCUAGUCAACAUCUUCUGUUCGCGCUAUCUCGAUCUCAUCAACAAGGUCUGCAUCUUCUGGACAGCAGCCAGCGUCAUCGUCAUCCUCGUCACGCUUUUGACAAUGGCCGACGACCGCCGAGACGCGGAAUUCGUCUUCGCUCACUAUGACGCCUCCACCAGCGGCUGGCCAGAUGGAUGGGCCUUCUUCGUGGGUUUGCUGCAGGCAGCAUACACCCUGACGGGCUAUGGAAUGGUCGCUUCCAUGUGCGAAGAGGUGCAGAACCCACACCGCGAGGUUCCCAAGGCAAUCGUGUUGUCCGUGGUGGCUGCUGGCGUCACUGGCCUGUUCUACCUGAUCCCGAUUCUGUUCGUGAUGCCCAACGUGCAGAUGCUGCGCGAAGUAGCCAGCGGCCAACCGAUCGGCCUGCUCUUUAAGACGGUGACGGGUUCAGCGGGCGGCGGCUUCGGCUUGCUCUUCCUGAUUCUGGGGAUCAUGCUGUUCGCCGGCAUCGGAUCUCUUACAGCUGCCAGUCGCUGCACGUAUGCAUUCGCACGUGACGGCGCCAUCCCAGGCUUCAAGCUCUGGCGUCGGGUGAACACCAAAUUGGAUGUCCCUGUAUGGGCUAUUGUGCUCUCGGCGGUCGUGGAUGGCUUGCUGGGACUGAUCUAUUUCGGUUCCACGGCUGCCUUCAACUCCUUCACCGGCGUGGCUACUAUUUGUUUGUCGACCUCAUACGGUCUCCCGAUUUUGAUUUCUUUGAUCCGAGGCCGCCGUGCUGUGAAAGGUUCCUCGUUCUCCCUCGGUCGCUUUGGAUUUGCCAUCAACUGCGUUACAAUUGUGUGGAUCGUUCUGGCUGUCGCUCUCUUCUGCAUGCCUGUUACUUUGCCUGUUACCCCGGAGUCCAUGAACUACGCCAGUGUUGUUUUCGCUGGAUUCGGUGGUGUCAGCAUCUUUUGGUACUUCAUUUACGCGCGUAAGCACUUCACUGGACCUCCUGUCAGUGGGGAUGAGGCGCGCGCAGCCACAGAGCUCAUGACGGGGACGCCAGUGGACGCGGAGAAACCGUUGGAGACGAUGAAGAAGUUGCCGAGCGAUUAA